AUGGGCAGCGCCGGUGCAGCAGAAGAGCGAGCUCUGACUGCUUACGGGCAACUCUGGGCGCUCUAUGUCCUUUGCCCCUUCUUCGAUCGCUUGCUGCUGGGUGUGGCCGGAGCGGUGGAUGCCCGGCCGUUGGGGCCCGGAGAUGUAGUGCUUCUGCCUUUGGCAGCUUUGGCGGCACUGUUGGAGGGACGACUCGCGCUGGGCAUGAUGCUCUUGGCACACAUCGUGAAACUGGCUAUGUUUGCCCAUCGACUGCCUUUCGUGUGGGAUCACGAAUGCUGGGCCGCAGCCACCGAAGUGUCCUUUGUUCUCGCCGCUGCCCAGGGUGAGACAGGGGUGGUCCAACGCUUUUGGCCAGCGGCGCGUGCACAGCUGUUGCUGCUCUACGCCGGCGCAGCUUUCUGGAAACUGAACACUUCUUUUCUGGAUCACAGAACCUCCUGUGGCACGGUGAUCUUGGCCCAAGUCUGGGCAGCCUACAUGCCGUCCACUCUCGCUCUUGACCUGGCACCGAUGGUCACCAGGCUAGCUCCUUUUGCAGCGCUUGGCGGUGAGGUGAUGCUUCCCCUGGCGAUGGCCUGCUUUCCGCGCUUGGGGCUUUUCCUCGCCCUACUUUUUCACCUCCUCGUCGUGCUGGCACCGGCGCCCAACUUUGCCGGAGGUUUCUCAGUGACCUGUGCAUCGCGCCUUAUCCUUUGCCUCCCUUGGGAGGCUGCUUCGGCCUUGGGUCACAUUUCUCUGGCAGUUCUCGGCGCGGCUCUGGCCGUCGCUUUCGUUCGAAGCGCGGCCUUCGCGACUUUCGCGCUCAUGUUUCUGGUGACUGUCUCGGCCGGCUUGGCCAGCGGAUUGCAGAAAGGCUCAAAUGCAGGGUCUUCUGCUGCCCUGACCCGGUGUUCUGCCGUGGGCACCUUCGUGUAUGCCUUUGUCCUUCCAGUGCUGGGCCUCCAACACAUGGCUUCCUGUUCCAUGUACGCCAACUUGAAGCACUACGGGGGCUCCAAUCACCUGUUGAUGCCCACAGGGCUGCUGCAGGAUGCUUUCCCGGUGACUUUUGGGAGUGAGCUGCUGCGCGUAGACGAGGCUGCAGGGCUGCUGGCGGCCCAGAACGUGUGGACAGAGAUCGAACCAGAGCUUGCCACGACUUUUCUUCGUGCUGCCAACCACAGCGGGAGGCAGUUCGUGCCGUACUAUGCACGCAUGGGCUCCUUGGAAGAUGCCGGGGUGGCCUUGCAGGAGGAGAACGCAGCCCUGCCUGUUGUGAUGUCGGCGUUUGAGCUCCGCCGCUCCUUGGCGGUGCUUCGGCGCAGUGGGCAGACCGCAUCACUGAGCUACGUGCGCCUGCCCGGCGACCUGCAAACACCUGCGGAGUGGCUAGCCCACCGGGGAGUAGCUGUCCGCGUGCACCCCAACGGAACCUGCACCGUUGAUACAAAGCCGUGUGCAGAGGACGAGAUUGCGCUGCAGCCACCGCCGCCGAGGUGGUUGACCAGCAUGCUGUUGCCAUAUCCUUAUGCGCUUCUACCUGGAGAUGGGAAGGAAAUCCACUGCAGCAGCUGA